CCUCGGGCAAUCAGGUGAAUGAAGGCUGGAACGACAAGGAAGAAUUAAAGAAAAAAAGGGAAUUUUCGGCAACAGCAAAAUUUGAGGUUCUUUAUCCGUCACUGCGACGAUAUUCUGAUCUGUCAAACGUAAUAUUAAAAUGAAAAAAUGUUGAAUGAAAAAAUGGUUACAAAUUCCUCCUCUGCUCACCCUUUCUUUCCUCUUCUUUCUUUAUUUCUUUUGAUUGUUUACAAAAUGCAUGUCAUCAUACUAAUGCUCACUGCAAUAAUGGGAUUCAUUGGUUCCCCUUGCAAAGUCGCCGCUUACGGUGUGUACCAACAGGACCUUCAGCAACAGCCUUUUGCAGCUUGGACACAAACAGUUGAUCCGACCUUUAUCACUCCGUAUUCGGAACAAUGGGUCCAUAUGCUGGAAAGCAUAUUUAAUGCUUGGGGCACCCAUAACGCUACAGACAAGGAAGAACACUGCUUACAUAAGCUUCCCGAAUUUACUUGCUCGCCCAUGCUUUGGGACGAUGCCAUUAAACACCGAGAUGCUCGCCAUUUGCGGCCUCAGGAUAUCAAAUCCAUCGUUGCCUUGGGUGAUAGCAUUACUGCUGGAUUUGGUAUGCUUUCUGGACGUCCGCCUUUUGCCUCACUUUGGGAAUAUCGUGGCAAGGCCUUUUCAGCAGGAGGAGAUCCGGGAGAAUAUACUUUAGCCAACUUUCUUUCCACAUACACAGAUGACAUUCGUGGCGCACCUGUUGGAGUGACAUGGCCUUUAUCACGUGGCAAAGGUCUCAAUGAGGCGAUCACAGGAGCAAAAUAUCAAGAGCUUGAGCACGAAGUCAAUCGCCUUGUUCGAAUAUACAGAUCAUCAGAAUAUUCUGCACUGAAGCAGGAAUGGAAAUUGGUCACACUGUUCAUCGGAGCCAAUAAUGUCUGUCUUUUAUGCACCCCACCGGUGACCAAAUUACCUGACGUGGCUGAUGUCGAUGUCUUGGAACAAUCCGUCCGACGUGUUUUAGAACGCCUGAGAACAGACAUUGGCAAAUCAUUUGUCAAUCUCGUCGGUCUCUUCAAUGUCUCGAGUGUGUUUGAAGCAUCACGUGGUGACCCUUACUGCGAAUACCUAUUUGAUACCACCCACAUGUUUAUCUGUUCCUGUAUCCAAGAUGACGACAAUCAACGACAAGCCGCCGAUCAUGUGGUAUACGAAUAUAAUCGACGUUUGGAAAAGAUUGCGCUAGAGUAUGCGGAACUCAAUGAUCCUGGGUUCGCUGUUGCUUAUCAACCUGGAUUUGCUGCGUUUCCAGUGAGCAAAUAUAAGCAAAGCUAUUUUAGCGGCGUCGACUGUUUCCAUCCCAACCAAUGCGCUAAUCGAGUAAUGGCUAUCGUAUUGUGGAAUAACAUGUUUUCCACACCGGAAGAAAAGUUAAUACCGUACGAUGUCGAAAACCUGACAAUUAAAUGCCCAGACAGCCACCGUCCAUACUUGCAAUAAGGUGCGACAGAGGCAACAGUUCCCUUUGAAUAAUUCUGAGUGCCAAUAAUGGUGGGUCUGCCACCGCACACCAACUAGGCAUGAGCUUUGUAUAUUUUUUUAAACAUUAAGUCAAAUACCUUGGAUGACGAUGCUUCACAAGAUUGAAAGAUCAAUGUACUUGAGCACAAAUACAUACUCUUUUUUUUCUUUUUUUUUUUAAAAAAAAAAAAAA